AUGGCUGUCAGGCAACUCCUGACAACUCUCUUGGGCCUCGCCUCCGUAGUGAGCGCAACCGCCUUACCCAAGCCAUCAUGCUCUCCUCAAGAUCUUCUUAGCGAAGCCCUCGAUGCACUUGGAGGCGAGGAUAAGAUUGGAGAAAUCAAGGGGUUGACCUACCACUCUCCACGAAUCUUCCGCUCCCGCAGCCUUAUGCAGAGCUACGAGCUCACGAGAGCCGACACCUACGUCGCAACGUCCGGUUCACAGAAUAUCUCGUUUAGAGUGGACCAGGGGUUCCUGGAGCAGCGGAUCGACCGCCGUCUUGUUCCCUCGAACCAUUGGUAUUGGGGAUCACAGGAGCUCAAACCUCUUGAAUUCUCCUUGGUUGUGAAUGAGGGCAAGGAUGGGUUUGCUUGCUAUGUCAAGGGCAACAACCAGAUUUACCUCCCUCAGGAGCUGGCCCCUGGUUACACUGAUUGUAUGGCUCUUCUGCCUUUCCAUGAUCCCAGCCGCGAGAUCACCGUCAUCCUCGACCCCAAGUCCAAGGUCCCCUACAUCAUCCGUACAGUCGAGCAGCACCCCAUCUACGGCGAGUCAACCAAGGAUCUCUACCUCUCCGACUACAAGAAGGUCAGGGGCAUUCAGUUCCCUCACCUCGUGCAGACCAUCUACAACUCGACCACCCUAAACCUCAACCAGGUGCUCGAAGACUUUGUCAUUGAAGAGGUCACCCUCAACCCCAAAUUUCCCAAGGGCUUCUUUGACGGCCUCGACGAGGAGAAGAGCUUUGCCCCCAAGGCUGGACCGAAGAAGAUUCCCGGUGUUCUGGAUGGAGUUGUUACCGAGUUCAACACCAACAUGCUCGGAACCGCCUUCAAGAAUGCUAGUAUCGAGAACCUCAAGGUUGAGACUCCGCUGAAGGGUCUUCCUUAUGUUCACUGGGUCAUUGUUGACGAUGGUGACGAGAUGGGUGUCAAGCAACUGGUCAUUGAGUUUGAGAACGAGGUCAUUGUGUGUGAUGCACCCCCUCAAUGGAGCCAGGCCGUUAUGCAGUGGGUGGCUGGGAACCUGAAGAAGCCCAUUACUCACGUCGCGCCUACCCAUCACCACGGUGAUCACGCCGGAGGAACCGCCAAUUACGUCGCUGCUGGCGCCAAGCUCAUCGUGCCCGAGAUGGUCGUCGACUACUGGUCCAGCAUCCCCGGUGCUACCUUCGUUACAUUCAACCAAACUCACCCCUAUGUCCACAGUGACAGCAAGAUCCAGGCAUGGUUCAACUGGGAGGAGCAGGCCGUCCAUGCUGCCGAUUGGUCAUAUGUCACCAUCACCGAGAGAUGUCCCACCGCCAACUCUACCAUGGUCGCCUUUGAGGCCGAUGCUUGGGAGGCGGGAUUGGAUGCCGAGAUUUCCAACCAGGGUCUGAUGCGACAGUGGCUGAACCAGAUCCUCGUUGAUGGCCUGAGCCGCGAUGCUAUCGUCUUUCCCGCUCACGGCAAGGUCUCUCCCCUGUCCGAGCUGAUCAACAUCACUGCCUUCCCUUACCCCGACUUUGACGUCACGCACUGGAAGCAGGGAGCGGCUCUAUGCUGA